GGCCGGGCGCAGGCGUGGGGCCGCCGCCGCCGCUGCCAUGUCCGCCGCGGGACGCGCUCCCGGGCCCGGCCGCGGAGCCGCCUCUCGGUGCAGUUGAAAUACUGAACUUGCUUUGUGGCUUUGGCAAUGAGCAGUGCUGCAGGCUUUGAGGACUGCUGAGGAGCACACAAUUGGAAUCGUGUAAGUGUUAGAAUACUAACACCCAUGGAAGAGCCACAAGACUUACCUGAGCAACCAGUGAAAAAAGCCAAGAUGCAGGAAUCCAGAGAGCAAAGCCUGAGUCAUGUGAGCAGCGCAGAAGUCAGUGACCAGAAGCCUGAAUCUUCAAGCCUUGGUUCAAGCCUUCCCAUGUCCAGUGACAUUAUGACAUGCACUGAUUACAUCCCAAGGCCAGCAAAUGAUUAUACCUCACAAAUGUACCCUGCAAAGCCAUAUGCACACAUCCUGUCUGUACCUGCCUCGGAAACCAUCAGCCCCUACCCUGCUCAGGCUCAGUACCAAGCCCUACAGCAGUCUCAGCCCUACACCAUCUACCCCCAGACCACCCAAACCUAUGGACUACCUCCUUUUGGUGCACUGUGGCCAGGUAUGAAACCUGAAAGUGGUUUAAUUCAGACUCCAACUGCAAGUCAGCACAGUGUUCUUACCUGCACUACAGGCUUAACCACAAGCCAGCCCAGCCCAGCACAUUAUUCUUAUUCCAUGGAAGCAUCAACCACCAGUGCCAGCCCAGCCUCCACCGCCUCCACCGUGGUCAAUGUUUCCACAUCGGCAGUAGCCAGCAUCUCACAGGAGUAUCCUACCUACACCAUCCUUGGCCAGGGGCAGUACCAGCCGUGCUACCCCAGCUCUGCCUUUGAGGUCCUACCAGCAGCAGACAGCAGUGCAGAUGGCACAGCAGUGGCGGCAGCGCCGUACCCCAGCGACAAGCCUGGCGCCGUGGUGCCCACACAGAUGGUGCAGAGACAUUCCUCUGGAGACGCCUCCACAAGCCCUUCAUUGUCAAGAGCAGCAGCAGCAAGUAAAGAGUUAGAUGAGCAGGCAAGAAAAAACACCCCUGGGAAGAACAGAGGGAAGAGGAAAGCAGAUACCUGCUCUUCACAGGACAGCGAGCUGGAGCGAGUGUUCCUGUGGGACCUGGAUGAGACCAUCAUCAUCUUCCACUCGCUUCUCACAGGCUCCUAUGCCCAGAAAUACGGCAAGGAUCCCACUCUAGUGAUUGGCUCAGGUCUGUCGAUGGAGGAGAUGAUUUUUGAAGUAGCUGAUACUCAUUUGUUUUUCAAUGACCUGGAGGAGUGUGACCAGGUGCACAUAGAGGAUGUGGCAUCUGAUGACAAUGGCCAGGACUUAAGCAACUACAACUUCUCCACGGAUGGCUUCAGUGGCUCGGGCAGCAGUGCCAACCACAGCUCCUCGGUGGGCGUGCAGGGCGGCGUGGAGUGGAUGAGGAAGUUGGCCUUCCGCUACCGCCGCGUGCGCGAGGUCUACGACAAGCACAAAGCCAACGUGGGAGGCCUCCUCAGCCCACAGAAGAGGGAAGCUCUGCAGCGGCUAAGGACCGAUAUAGAAGUGCUCACAGAUUCCUGGCUGGAAACUGCAUUGAAGUCUCUGCUGCUCAUACAGUCCAGGAAGAACUGUGUGAACAUCCUGAUCACCACCACCCAGCUGGUGCCAGCUCUUGCCAAGGUUCUGUUGUAUGGCUUGGGAGAGGUGUUCCCCAUCGAGAACAUCUACAGUGCUACAAAAAUAGGCAAGGAGAGCUGCUUCGAGAGGAUCGUGUCGCGCUUCGGGAAGAAGGUCACCUACGUGGUGAUUGGGGACGGCCGUGACGAGGAGGUGGCAGCCAAGCAGCACAACAUGCCUUUCUGGAGGAUCACCAACCAUGCAGACCUGGUGUCCCUUCACCAAGCCCUCGAGCUGGACUUCCUGUAAGAAGCUGGCACAGGGGUGUGACUGCAGCUGCUGCCAGCCCCUCCCCAGUGCUGGGGGGCAGAAAUCUCACACGUUUGGGAACUCAGCUUUUCAGCUUGAUGAAGAAAACAAACCCAAUGCCAACUGUACAGCAGAAGGUGGCUCCAGGGCAUUUCCUCAGGCCCUGCCAAGUACAGAGGUGUCCUCCAGCAAGGCACCAGACUCAGCAACGCUGGAGCUCGUCUGAAGGAAUAGACUGGGAGAUGCCAGCUGGGUUCCUGGAGCAGGCAGUCUCCAGAGGGGGUGGUACCACAGCAAAAGUAUUUGUCAGAGCCUUCUCCUUUCUAUUCAGUGUAGUUGUAGGACCCAAGUGCACAGAAAUCCUUAUUUUUAUAGAAGAAUUCCUGGCGGCAGAGCUGAACCCUCCCUUGUUUUGCAAAGCCAAAAAGAGCUGUGGGUUUUUUAUGGGAAAUGUUGCUGAAGGUGUCAGAAAUACCUCUCUGGCUGUGUCCUCCCUCCUCCCCCCACUGUUCAGAGCAGUUAAUUUAUUACAAUGUCCUUAUGUUGUCUCCUCAGUGUGGGCUUACUGGAAAAUAGGUAAGGGAAUGUUUCUGGGGUUUGCGGUUCCUUGCAGAGGGCAGUGCUGGGCGCUCUGAAUGGGCAGUGUGUGCCUAGGCCCUGCUGGCAGCAUCAGGUGACUGGAUUCCAGCUGUCCAUAACCCAGAGCCAGACUGGAUUCCAGCUGUCCAUAACCAACAUAAUCCCUGUGAGAGAGCAGAGCUGCCUGUGGGCAGCAGCGCACAGCACUGCAGCAGUGCCCAGACCUGGCCUGACUCCUGCUCUGAACCAGAGAACUAAACCCUCCUGAGUGCUGCAGGGAGGGGGUGGUUGGCAGCAGUCGCCUCUGCUUCUCUGGCUGCCUCUGCGAGUAAAUCCCUUGUAGUGGA